AUGGUGCCAGUAUGGUCAUACCAGCUCGGCAACAACGUGCUUUACACGCACAGAGCUCGCGAACACACAUCCGUUCGUAAACUUGAGGAACAGGACGCCUCGAUGAGGUGUCCGGAUGUCAUCCUCUAUGCUGGCCGCGCGCUUGCAAAUCGCGAGCUUCUCCGAAAGACUCUUUCGGCAUUCGUGCGCCGUGUGGUGCCACCGGCUGGCGGUCGUCGUGCACACAACUUCAUGCUCUCACAGCCUCUCAUGGUCCCGCUAUCGACAGACGAUGCUUGA